AUGCCUAUUCCCAGUAUCGACUUCUCCGGGCACGGCAUUCCCCAAUCUCUUCUAGAUGCGGCUUUGGACCAGAGCAAAGAGCUAUUCUCGCUACCGCUCGAGGUGAAAGAAAAGUAUGAUAAGAAUCUAGGCGGCUUCAAUCGGGGAUACGAACGCUUGCGAUCUCAAAACUUCGAGGCGUUAGCACAAGGAGAUCUGAAGGAAGGGUACUACUUUGGCAAGGACCUACGUAUCGACAACCCUAAAGUACUCGAGCGCAAAUUCAACCUAGGCCCAAACAAAUACCCGAAAGACGUCACGGACCCCGUCCAAUUUCGAAAGGUGAUUGACGACUACCACGCCGCCAUGUGCGUUCUCGCCGAGAUCAUCAUCCGUACACUUUGCGCCACCAUCGGAAAUGAUGAUGACUGGGUUUCAGACUUUAUUGACACACCCAUCGCUGUUCUGCGUCUGUUGCAUUACCCGCCUCAGGCCCCAAAUGCCUCCGCAACGGAGCGAGGUAUCGGCGCUCAUACCGACUUUGGGGCCAUAACUAUUCUACUGCAGGAUAUGGUCGGUGGCCUGCAGGUGUGGGAUCGCGCCUCCUCGGAAUGGAUCGACGUCAAACCCACAGAGGGUGCUCUCGUCGUGAACCUUGGGAACCUAAUGAUGCGCUGGACAAACGAUAGGUAUUUAUCGAACCUGCACCGCGUCAUCAACAAGUCGGGGAGGGAAAGAUAUAGCAUUCCAUUCUUUUUUUCGGGGAAUCCUGAUUUUGUGGUUGAAUGCUUUUCGAAAUGCAGAGGCGACGCAGGCCCUAAAUAUCCCCCGGUGACGGUUGGAGAGUGGAUAUCAGGUAGAUACGCUGACACGUACGGUACCUCAAAAGACAACGCCUUCACAGAACUGUCGUCUAUCGAUGCGAGUGCAGCAUCAGCGUACAAGCCGAAGGAAUAA